CAUCUAACCUCAACGGCCAUGUUUAACUCAACUCUUCUUGGCUUCUCCCCACCAAACCCCCUCAAACACCCAAAGAACUCUGCACAUUUUCCUUAAACUUCCUGCCCUGAGAAGCCUCCGCAAGCACACCCCACUUCUCAACUCCCGCACACACUCUCAUGGACCCCAUCUACGGUAGCCAACGCCUCCGAAUUCUAGCCCAACAGCUCCGCCUCUACAGACCCCCCUCUUCCUCUUCUUUCUCAGACGAAGAUGAAAAUGAAGAAUCAGGAGCAUCUGGAAAGGUAGUCUCUCACGCGGACUUCGCCGAAUCGGCGGCCCCUAUUUCAAAUCCCGCAAAAUUCAAAACCAAAAGAGCUGCUGUCCUCAUCUGCCUCUUCGAAGGCGACGCUGGUGAUCUCCGUGUCAUUCUCACCAAGCGCUCUUCCAAUCUCUCUACUCACGCGGGUGAAGUUUCGUUGCCGGGAGGCAAGGUAGAUGAAGGCGACGUGGAUGACAUCCAUACUGCAACGAGAGAGGCGAAAGAGGAGAUUGGUUUGGAUCCGUCGCUGGUUACAAUCGUGACCGUCCUCGAACCCUUCAUAUCUAAGUAUUUUCUGAAAGUAAUUCCCGUGGUCGGCAUACUUUCUGAUAAGAAAGCAUUCAAACCUGUCCUGAAUGCCAACGAGGUGGAGGCCAUAUUCGAUGCACCCUUGGAGAUGUUUCUCAAGGAUGAAAAUCGGAGAUCAGAAGAGAGGGAAUAUAAGGGUAUUAGGUACCUUAUUCAUUUCUUUGAUUUUGAAGCGGAGGAUGGGAAGUAUUUGAUAUGGGGUAUGACUGCCUGGAUCUUGAUCCACGCCGCAUCAGUCAUGUACCAGCGGCCACCAUCCUUUGAGGGGCAGAAGCCUCCUUUCAAGAUUCCGAUAACUCGUACUGAAGGGAGUACAUAGCCAUGAAACCGUUUUAUCAUUGAUUGUUUCAAGGGAGAAAUUUAAGAUGCUGUCCUUUACAUGUGGAAAUUGCUUGCUUGUUGUAAUCACAUGAAAAUUUAUGUGACUGUCCAUAUGUCGAAAUUGUAUGGAUUGCAACACCGAUAAGAAAAAACCAAUCUGGUGCACUGUCUAGAAUCUGUGCUGUAUUUUCAGAAGACUAGCAUUUUCAUGGA